UUAGAAUGGACCGAACUAGUAUUUCCACAUUAAUUGAACGCUAUGAUCCUAAUGUCUCACUCAAACAGGGUGGUUGGCCUCGUGUUACUAGUACCAAGGCAGUGUUAUUGACUGUGUGGUACUUGGCUAACAUUGAAACUUUCCGACAAAUUGGGGACAGGUUUGAUGUCACAUUAAGUUGUGCACAUGGUACUGUAAUAGUAUAUUAAGUAUGGAGAACGGUAAGGGAUUUUUACCGUUCGAAGACAAUUGUUUGGAGGAGGAGCGCAGCGACGACUCCAAUUAUUGUCUGAGAACGGUAACCCUUAACGUUCGACGUGCUUAUAACAUUUUUUGCGCGAUCGGAAUAAAAAUUAUGCAAUCAUUAGAAAUACUACUUACUGAGAAAAGAACGAGCGGAAUAAAUCGAAAUGAUCGAAGUGGUAUUGUAUAGGUACUUAUAUCACUAGGUAACGAGUUUGUUAUUUGUCAAAACUGAAAAUAAUAAAUUCAUCAAAUUGUGUCUGUAGUUUUCUAGCUUUUAUACUUCAGUUAUGAGCGAUUCCGACAGCGAUCUAAUAGACGAAAUAGAAGAAGCAUGGGACAUUGGAUGUUCGGCGGUAAUACCACAAAAGUCAAGGAUCCGGUACGAGAAUACGUACAACAUUUUUAAACAGUGGUGCAGUGAGAGAAAUGUAGGUGUUACCGAGAAGGUUCUGUUGGCUUAUUUCGUUAAACGAAGUGAUAAGCUGAAGAGUCCAGGAAGUUUAUGGGCAGAAUAUUCCAUGCUAAAGAGCACAAUAUUUUUAUAUGAAUCUAUUAAUAUUUCGACAUUUUCCACGUUAAUUGCUUAUCUUAAAAGAAAAAAUGUUGGUCAUAGACCAAAAAAAGCUCAAGUCUUCACGAAAAAUGAUAUGGUGAAAUUUUUAAAUGAGGCGCCCGAUGAAAUAUUCCUUAUCCACAAAGUAGCUAUGAUUCUUGGCGUGGCAGGGGCUUGCAGGAGAGAGGAGCUGUACAACAUGAAAGUUGCAGAUAUUGAAGACCAUGGAGCCCUUCUUGUAGUAAAAAUUCCCAACUCGAAAACAAAUAUCCAACGGACAUUUACUGUAACAAGUCAAGUGGACGACAAAGUUUCCUAUUUGGAAAUUUAUCGAAAAUACAUUAAACUUCGACCCACCUAACGUAGUUUCGGCACACCUGUUCUUAAAUUAUCGUAACGGAAAAUGCAGUCAACAAGUAGUUGGAAAAGGGACGAUUGGGAAAUGGCCAUCAAAAAUUGCAACAUAUUUGAAAU